UGACAUUGCUGGGACACCGAACAAAAAACUCCUCUCUAAGAACUUUCUAGAGUAGAGUCGAGGAGGCUACGUGGUUCUUCUCAGAAUGAAGAAUCAAAGCGCUGAUCAGGCCAUUGGAAUUCCAGUAAGCUCUGUCAUAUUCACAACUGGGGAGUUGAAAUGUGAAGCUGCCGAGCGUCUCUGUCUCAUGCCCGCUGCUUAUGGUUCUUCUCAAUUUCAAAAGAAUAGAAAGCUUCCACUUUUGCAUUGGGUGAACAAGUUUAAGAGCAACGCAAAUAGUUAUGCUAAAGGAAUAUGUGACCAUGUGAGUUUGGGAUCCACUGUCUCUCAAACUGUGAAGGGGAAGUUGAGCUUGGGCAUGAGGGUUCUUCAAGCUGGAGGAAUUGGAAGAAUUUUCAGACAAAAUUUCUCUGUAAAAGAAGGAGAGAAGUUGCUGAAUGCCUUCCAAUGCUAUUUGUCAACCACAGCCGGUCCUAUUCCUGGCCUUCUCUUCAUUUCUUCAGAAAAUAUUGCAUUCCGCAGCAACAGAUGCAUCAAGCUAACUUCUUCUGGAGAAACUGUCAGAGUCCCUUACAAGGUCAUAAUCCCUUUGAGUAGAACCAAGAGAGCCUGCCAAAGUGAGAAUAUAAACAAGCCAAGCCAAAAGUACAUCCAAAUCAUCACAGAAGAUGACUUUGAGUUUUGGUUCAUGGGUUUUCUUUGUUAUGAGAGAUCUUUCAAUUUCAUACAGAAACAACUUCAUUGACAAAACUCUCACUGUAGAAAGGAAGUAAAGGAACAAUUACUUGCUGUUUGUGAAGUAUUUAAACUUCUCGAAGUCUUAUGGGAGCAGCCUUAUAUUUAGGGUCUUCAACCUUUGUAAUUUUUUGUAAGAUACAUACAAAGUGUACUUGUAACAUGAAAGUUUUUAUUGGGAAUAUAAAUGAUGUUUGAGCUAUUG